UUGCGCAGGCUCAGUACACGAAAUCGUCUUGGCAGAUGACAAGGGAGAAUAAAAUUGAUACAUCUUAAAAAGGGUAAUACGUGGCCAUUUCAUCAGCUACGAUGGCGAAAACAGAACAGGUUUUAAAAUUAGAGCCAGACAACGAAUUGCGCUUCAGAGGCCCUUUUACGGAUGUGGUCACUGCUGAACUGAAGUUGGUAAAUCCCUCGGAAAAACGAGUAUGUUUCAAAGUGAAAACUACAGCACCAAAGCGCUACUGUGUGCGACCCAAUAGUGGCAUCAUUGAGCCGAAUCAGUCUGUCAGUGUGGCAGUCAUGCUACAGCCAUUUGAUUAUGACCCACAAGAAAAGAAUAAACACAAAUUCAUGGUUCAAACAAUGUUUGCUCCCGAUGGUCCUAUUGAAAGUCAGGAGCAGCUGUGGAAGGAGGCAACUCCAGACAAGUUAAUGGACUCCAAGUUAAAGUGUGUUUUUGAAAUGCCUGCAGACAGUAGUCACGGGCCCGUGACAAAGCAGGUAAAAGAGUCAGAAGAAAAACCAGCUUCCAGCAAACCUGUCAAACAAGUCCAGUUAGAAACCUCACCACCCACUUAUGCAUCAAUAGUGGAUUCUGAGCCUGGGAAAAAGGGGGACGAUCUUCAGAGCUUACAGGCAGAGGUGAAAAAAUUGAAUGAAGAAAACGCAAAGUUAAAGGAAACGGAGGUCAGGCUGAGAAAAGUAGCAAUUAAAGAUACAGUUUCCUCCCCUCCCUCAUCUAGUGCACCCGCACCCGCACAACAGGCCAUCCCAAACCUUCCCCCCAUUGUAUACCUAGUGAUCGCGUUCAUUUUAGGACUUCUAAUCGGAAAAUUCAUCUUCUGAAAUUAUCAUUAACAGAGAUUACAUAGAUUUGAAAAAUUCUGGGAAAUUUGAAUUUGAUAGUAACAGCUGAUCAACCAUGAGAAAAUGUUCCACCAGUUGCUGUUGAUAGCUACAGAUCCAGAUUAUUUCAGGCACCAACCACUAAAUUUACUCUCCAAAGACUUCCAUUGUUGAUUGUGAAGCAAAAUUAAGUAGGUUCUAUGAAAAAAAAAAUUCAUCUUGUUUAUUAUUAUAAAAAGAAUUUUUGUUUAAAAUCAAUUUUAAAAAUGCUACAUUUAUUGUAUAAUUUUAUUGACUUAAUGAAUGGGAUGUGAGAUUUUAGUUUGUGACAUGCAUCAGGUACUUUAGUACAAGUAUAUCUACAGACAAGUAGAAAUAUGUAUAUAUAAAUAGGUACAUCAUCUGAUGUGUGAUAAGUAAAAUAUUGUUGAUGCAAUAAUAAUAUGAUGGUGUAUAUAAUGUAAAUAUACCCCGUCAGAUACAUGCAUGAGUUACUGUAAGGCUGUCUCUGUAUAUUACUAUCAGGACAUGGUGUGCAAUGUAUUGUUUGACAAGUAAACGCAUGUUGAUGUUAACUUUGUUUACAGACUUGUAAUUGAUUUCAUGAACCAGGAAGUCAUUGACAGUAAAUCUUUUUAUCCCCCACCCUCGUCAUUAUAUAGACAAUGAAGUAUAUACAAUCUUUUUACUUGUUAUUAUACAUCAGUUAGUAGUAGGUAGUUGCUAUAAAAAUUGUUUUACUGGGAAUUCUUGUCAGAUUUUGUAUGUUUUGUUGAAUGUGUUAAAAUGUAGAGAGUUUGUUAGAGUUUUUAUCAAGUUGAUGUAUUUUCAACAGAAAAUCAUUUAGCUGUUCUUGGAACAGCUCUGUCCAUAAAUUGGUGUAUUUUUUGUUUAAAUUUUAGUCACUAGUUAGUAACCUUGCCAAACAUAUUUCAAAGCAAAAAAAAAGAUUUUCUGUAAGUGAAAAUAUGAUAUCUGACCAAAGUUAGCUAAAUUUUAUUAUUCUCCAACAAUGUUCAAAGUCUUGGUCUACCAUUUGACAAACACUACAGAAUAAAACAAUCACUUUUUAUAUUUCAGAAACUUAUUAUAGAGCAUGUUAGCCUGUGUAGAGUAGAUUGGAAUGAAUUUCAAUAAAUGUGUCUUCCAAUCAACAUUCAGGAAACAAAAAAAAUUUAGGAAUCUGUCAGAUUUUAUCAUUCAGAUCUGUUAUGCUAAUGAAACACAGGAUUUAGUUGGAUGUUGCUUUUAUAUUUGGUUUUGACUUUUUUUUGUCAAAAAAAACUAAACAAUUAAAUUUGCUGGUUCUAAAAUAUUUUACACCAAACGGGAAAUUGUGAAUUUUGCAUUUCAUUGUUGAAAUGGCUUAAACUGCAAUUAGAUACUAAUUUACUAUUUCAAAAUCUUUCAAAGAUUUUCUGCAUAUCAAACUUCAGCAUUGGAAUAAAUGGAGUCUUUGAAAUGGAUGAAGAAGAAAUUGGCAACUUAAUUGUCCAUAUUACUUGCUAAUUUUGAAACUUAUCAAGGAAGGCUUUAUUAAGAUUUCAGCCUUGAAGCCAUUCAUAUUGUCCAAAAAAAAAAAUACUGCAAAAUUCUGGUGAUGGAACUUAUCUCUAAUUGGUAUAUAUGGAAACAUACCUAUGCUGUGGGUAUAUACCUGAUUAGAAUUCUUGUUUAACUUCAUAAGUUAUAGGAUAAUAAUUUAUUGUAUAUGUAUAUCAUUUUAUGAAAGGUUGUACCUAAUAAGUAUAAUCUAAAUGGUCCAACAAAAUCUAUUAUUAAAGAAAUUAUUUAAUUAAAAUUAUAACAAUGUAAUGUCUGCAUGUUUUAAAAAGACCUGUCUGAUGCCAACACGAUUUUCUUCAGUUCUAACCUACUUCACUUUCCCUUUGCAAAGGGAAGAAAACAUUGGAGAGAAUAAUUGAUUAAUUUGCAAUAUUAUGUUUUACUGAGUGUGAGUCUUACAUUGUAUUAGAUACUACUUCAAUCAGAAUCUACUUUCAUCUGUUAAACGACAGGUUAUUUAUAGUUACUGCGUGCGAAAAGUUAUUACCAGCUUACAUUAUGGUGCUUUAAUUUAAUUAAUAUAUCAAGGAAUACAGUGGUAGACCUAAAUUGAAAAGUAAAUUUUUUUCUGAUCAAUAGAAUCAAGUUAUGUUUGUGGACAGGUUUAAUAUGUACCAUUACUAGUGCUCUGUCAUGUGUUUGUGUAAACUAUCUGUAGGCAUACAUUUUAACUUCAGACUUUAAGAUACUAACUUAUGAUACAUUAAGAUAUACAUUUCAAAUAUCCACCAAUAAGUAUUUGGUAGCAGUCAUGUAUGGUAUUAAUAACUUUCCAUGUUUUUCCGAGAGUUUCAUUAUUUUACUCCAGUCUGCAUAUCUUCCUGUCUCAUUAUCUGUAUCAUAUAGAAGCAUGCUAGAAGGUGAACAGGCUGGUGACAUAUUGUAUACCAAGGCAGCCAUUGUCUUCACAUAACACAAUUUGGUGUAUUAAUGUUACCAAAAAAUAAGUGUAAAAGCUGCCAAAGUUCUCAUUAAAACUUGCACAGAAUAUA